UGAACAUAGCCUGUAGAGAGAUAAAUAGCCCUGCGGGAGAGGAAGGUCAAGUUCAAAGUUUUUCUUUCCUUUGGAUCCAGGAAUAAGCAAAUGGAAAGACUAGCCAAACAACAGAGCAGCAGGCAUCUGAUGGUUAAGCCCUCCCCCCAGGACGUUUUAUGUACAUAAGCAGAAGUCACUCCAGCAGCUGCGGCGCAUUAGUUCCAAUAGUUUAACAGGCUGCUUUGUAGCGCGGACAAAAGCCCUGCCAGCGCAGUGGCUUCCCUCCAUGUUCCUUUGCCCUGCGAGCUCGUCAGUGAUCUUUGGCAGGGGCUCGGGAGAGGGAGAGGAGGGUGACGUUUAACAGGCUUCCGCCGAGGAGUGCGCUCGCCUCGUCUCACCCAGCCCCGUCGCCGCAGAGAGACUGAGGCAGGAGAGCGAAUGAACUAGCCGCAGCUGGAUCCGACCUGCUUCCCCGGACAUUUCCCGGACUCCGAGCGACAGAAUCCCUGGAAAGAGGCCAGGGAACCACGUUGCCCUGGAUUGUCGCCAACUGUACAAAGUUGACCAGGAAAAUGGCUCAGCAGACGACGAGCCCGGACACCUUAACAGUACCUGAAGUGGAUAAUCCGCAUUGUCCAAACCCGUGGCUGAACGAGGAUCUUGUUAAAUCUUUGCGGGAAAACCUGUUGCAGCACGAGAAGUCCAAAACGGCGAGGAAAUCGGCUUCUCCCAAGCCCUCUCCAGUGAUUUCUCCGCGAAAUUCCCCCAGGCUCCUGCGCAGGAUGCUUCUCAGCAGCAACAUCCCCAAGCAGCGGCGCUUCACCGUGGCUCAUACGUGUUUCGACGUGGACAAUGGAACAUCUGUGGGACGAAGUCCCUUGGAUCCCAUGACCAGCCCAGGAUCUGGGCUAAUUCUCCAAGCAAAUUUUGUCCACAGUCAACGCCGGGAGUCCUUCCUGUAUCGAUCCGACAGCGAUUAUGACCUCUCUCCAAAGUCUAUGUCCCGGAACUCCUCCAUUGCUAGUGAUAUACAUGGAGAUGACUUGAUUGUGACUCCAUUUGCUCAGGUCUUGGCCAGCCUGCGAACUGUACGAAACAACUUUGCUGCAUUAACUAAUUUGCAAGAUCGAGCACCUAGCAAAAGAUCACCCAUGUGCAACCAACCAUCCAUCAACAAAGCCACCAUAACAGAGGAGGCCUACCAGAAACUGGCCAGCGAGACCCUGGAGGAGCUGGACUGGUGUCUGGACCAGCUAGAGACCCUGCAGACCAGGCACUCUGUCAGUGAGAUGGCCUCCAACAAGUUUAAAAGGAUGCUUAAUCGGGAGCUCACCCAUCUCUCUGAAAUGAGUCGGUCUGGAAAUCAAGUGUCAGAGUAUAUAUCAAACACGUUCUUAGAUAAGCAGCAUGAAGUGGAAAUUCCUUGUCCAACUCAGAAGGAAAAGGAGAAAAAGAAAAGGCCAAUGUCUCAGAUCAGUGGAGUUAAGAAACUGAUGCACAGCUCUAGUCUGACUAAUUCAAGUAUCCCAAGGUUUGGAGUUAAAACUGAACAAGAAGAUGUCCUUGCCAAGGAACUGGAGGAUGUGAACAAAUGGGGUCUUCAUGUUUUCAGAAUAGCAGAGUUGUCUGGUAACCGGCCUCUGACUGUUAUCAUGCACACCAUUUUUCAGGAACGGGAUUUGUUAAAAACAUUUAAAAUUCCAGUAGAUACUUUAAUUACGUAUCUUAUGACUCUUGAAGACCAUUACCAUGCUGAUGUGGCCUAUCACAACAAUAUCCAUGCUGCAGAUGUUGUCCAGUCUACUCAUGUGCUGUUAUCUACACCUGCUUUGGAGGCUGUGUUUACAGAUUUGGAGAUUCUUGCAGCAAUUUUUGCCAGUGCAAUACAUGAUGUAGAUCAUCCUGGUGUGUCAAAUCAAUUUCUGAUCAAUACAAACUCCGAACUUGCCUUGAUGUACAAUGACUCCUCUGUCUUAGAGAACCAUCAUUUAGCUGUGGGCUUUAAGUUGCUUCAGGAAGAAAACUGUGACAUUUUCCAGAAUUUGACCAAAAAGCAAAGACAGUCGUUAAGGAAAAUGGUCAUUGACAUUGUACUUGCAACAGACAUGUCAAAGCACAUGAAUCUACUGGCUGAUUUGAAAACUAUGGUUGAAACUAAGAAAGUGACAAGUUCUGGAGUUCUCCUUCUUGAUAAUUAUUCUGAUAGGAUUCAGGUCCUUCAGAAUAUGGUGCACUGUGCCGAUCUGAGCAACCCCACGAAGCCUCUCCAGCUGUACCGCCAGUGGACGGACCGGAUCAUGGAGGAGUUCUUCCGCCAGGGGGACCGGGAAAGGGAGCGUGGCAUGGAGAUAAGUCCUAUGUGUGACAAGCACAAUGCAUCCGUGGAAAAAUCACAGGUGGGCUUCAUAGACUAUAUCGUUCAUCCUCUCUGGGAGACAUGGGCAGACCUCGUACAUCCGGAUGCCCAGGACAUUUUGGACACUUUAGAAGACAAUCGUGAAUGGUACCAGAGCACAAUCCCCCAGAGCCCCUCUCCUGCACCUGACGACCAAGAGGAGGGCCGGCAGGGUCAAACUGAGAAAUUCCAGUUUGAACUAACUUUAGAGGAAGACGGCGAGUCUGACACGGAAAAGGACAGUGGGAGUCAAGUGGAAGAAGACACUAGCUGCAGUGACUCCAAGACUCUUUGUACUCAAGACUCGGAGUCCACUGAGAUUCCCCUUGAUGAACAGGUUGAAGAGGAGGCGGUGGGGGAAGAAGAGGAAAGCCAGACCGAAGCUUGUGUAAUAGAUGAUCACUCUCCUGACACGUAACAGUGCAAAGACUUUCAUGCCUUUUUUUUUUUUUUUAGUAGAAAAAUUGUUUCCAAAGUGCAUGUCACAUGCCACAACCACGGUCACACCUCACUGUCAUCUGCCAGGACGUUUGUUGAACAAAACUGACCUUGACUACCCAGUCUGGCGCUCAGGAAUAUCGUAACCAGUUUUUUCACCUCCAUGUCAUCAGAGCAAGGUGGAAACCUUCACGAACAGCAUUUUAACAAGAUUUCAGCUUGGUAGAGCUGUGGAAGCAGAUAAAAUCAAUUCCAAAAUGUUUUCGAGGGAGCGUGGCUCAUCAGGCACCCCAAAAGUUGAUUGGAUUUGGGGUUUCUUUUCUUUUUAUUUGUUUGCAAUAUUUUCAGAAGAAAGAAAGCAUUUCACAAAGUGAACUUAAUGGGUGAACCAACAGAUACAUCAAGAACAAGACACAACAUGAGUCUAUUACCAGAAGGAAGAGGAGGAUGAGCCACAGAAAUUGCAUAAUUUUCUAAUUUCAAGUCUUCCUGAUACAUGACUGAAUAGUGUGGUUCAGUGAGCUGCACUGACCUCUACAUUUUGUAUGAUAUGUAAAACAGAUUUUUUGUAGAGCUUACUUUUAUUAUUAAAUGUACUGAGGUAUUAUAUUUAAAAAACUAUGUUCAGAACUUCAUCUGCCACUGGUUAUUUUUUUCUAAGGAGUAACUUGCAAGUUUUCAGUACAAAUCUGUGCUACACUGGAUAAAUCUAAUUUACGAAUUUUACUUGCACCUUAUAGUUCAUAGCAAUUAACUGAUUUGUAGUGAUUCAUUGUUUUAUAUACCAAUGACUUCCAUAUUUUAAACAGAAAAACAACUUUAUGUUGCAGAAAACCCUUUUUGUAAGUCUUUGUUUACUUUGCUUUUUGUUUCACUCUUUCCAGAUAAGUGGGGUUGCUCUCCACUGAUGUUUUUCUUCACAGUGUGCAAAGUGAAUAUUUGUUCUAUAAUACUUUGAUGUGCGUUAUGUCAAAUGUGUCUUAAGCCUCAUGGAAACUCAGUCAUCAGUUGGUGUUGUCUGAAGCAAGUGGGAGAUAUAUAAAUAUCCAGUAGCUAAAAUAGGUCAGUCUUUUUUAGAUAUUUUCCUACUUAGUGUCUUCUGAUAACUUUUUGCCGUGUCAGUAGACGUGCAUUUCACAAGUGCAUGUCUUUGUAAUAAUCCACACAUUUCAUGCUCAUUUUUAUUGUUUUUACAGCCAGUUAUAGUAAGAGAAAUGCUUUUCCCCUUGUGCUGCUUUAUUAUUUAGCGUGUGUUUGAACCUCUGUCCAUGUUGGCUAGAUGGGAUCUUCUCAAAUAUAUCACCACCAUUCGGACUGAUGAAAAGAAGCAGGUAGUCAAGUUAGGGUUAGCAUUCAUUUCUACCAUGAAGUUGUGUAUCAUGGCUAGCUUUUACUGUUGGUUUAUAGAAAAAAGUUCAUGGCUAACUAGGGAGUUUUUAAGAAUAUUAACAGUAUAUAUUAAGAAACACCAGUACAACUAAUUCUCUUUGGUUUUGAUGAUUUCACUAUGGGAUUAAUAACUGUAUCAGGAAUAUCUCUGAUAGUUGGUUUUAAGUGUCGCAACUACUCUUUCUUGAUGGACAGCUAGAUAACAUAUAGGAAUUGCUUUAUGACUUAUCCUUGAUUCAUAAACAUGUCUUGUAGAGGGGAACUACUUCUUUUAAACACACUGAGGGAAAGAAGAUGAUGCCAUUGACACCAGAGGGUUGGUAAAAAGAUUCUGCCUAAAUAAAAAAUUAGAGAUCACUCUUGGCUGAUUUUAGCACCAGGAACUGUGUGGCAAUUUUAGAGAUUAAUUCCAAGUUUUUAUCUACUCAGAGCAGUUGGCAUCAUGAGGCAUUUAGUUUGGACUUUUCUUCUCAUAUCAGUUCUUAGUAAAAUGUUUACCUCCUCUGUGAAGAGUUUGGAGCCCAAAUAAUCAUUUUUCACAUUGAUAUACAAGAAUUGAGAUAGAGGCUAAAGGGGGUAUCUGACCAAGUAAAAACUAAAACAAUUGAGAAAAACUGCCACCCUGAAAAACAUUUAUAUUGGGAACUUCUCAAGGAGACUUCUGGGGACUAGUAACUAAAUUAUCAGCCAGGAAGAUGAUCCAAGCUAAAGACAGCCCCCAUUUUAAUGGAUACUUAGAACCUUUAAUAGAAAGAUCAUGUCUUUAUAGCUCUGAUCUUUUACAUAGGGGCAGAAUAGGAAUCAACUAAUUAUCAGGUUUGCAAUCUCCUUCCCCUAUAAAGAUCAGACAGUAAUCUUCCAAAUAAAGAUCAAUGCUUAACCAAAUGGUUUCACAAGAACAUUUGGGAACUUGUUUCUCUUUUCAUUGUAUUUGUCCCUGAGAGAGAUCUACAAGGAAAGGCAAAAAGGGUCUAGAGUUUAUUCCUCUUUCCAAAACAUCUUCAUUCCCCACUCUCCAUUUGGCAUUUCCCCCACAGAGUGCCUAGAAUCUUAAUAAUGAAAAAAAAAAUUAAAAAGCAGCAAUAUGUCACUAACAAAUCCAGACCUGAAAGGGUUCAUAACUGCACUAAUAAAGAGAGGCUUUUUCUUUCCAGUUUGUUGGUUCUUAAUGGUACCAUGUUGUAAAGAUACCCACAAACGGACAAUCAAAUUGUGGAAAAGGCUUAAUAUCUAAGAGACAGGGACUAAUGCACUGUACAAUCUGCUUACCCUUGCCCUUCUCUCUCUCUCUUUCUCCCUCCUUCUGUCUUGCCAAAGUGUGCUUCAGAAAUGUACACUGCUUUAAAAAGAACAUCCUUUUACAAGUGGCUUUACAUUUCCUAAAAUGCCAUAAGAAAUUGCAAUAUCUGGGUACUGUAUGGGGAAAAAAAUGUCCAAGUUUGCAUAGAACCAGUGCAUUUCAGCUUGCAAGUUACUUUAACACAAUAAUGCUAUUUUAAUUUUGUUUUCUUUUACAUCAGUGAAAAAAUUCACAAGAAAAUAAUGUAGUUAGAACAAAUUGCAAACAAGGAAAGAAAAAAACUUGAAUGAAAUGGAUUUUACAGAAAGCUUUAUGAUAAUUUUUGAAUGCAUUAUUUAUUUUUUGUGCCAUGCAUUUUUUCUCACCAAAUGACCUUACCUGUAAUACAGUCUUGUUUGUCUGUUUACAACCAUGUAUUUAUUGCAAUGUACAUACUGUAAUGUUAAUUGUAAAUUAUCAGUUCUUAUUAAAACAUCAUCCCAUGAUGGGAUGGUGUUGAUAUAUUUGGAAACUCUUGGUGAGAGAAUGAAUGGUGUGUAUACAUACUCCUUGUACAUUUUUCUUUUCUCCUGUAAUAUAGUCUUGUCACCUUAGAGCUUGUUUAUGGAAAAUUCAAGAAAACUAUAAAAUACAUAAAGAUAUAUAAAUUUAAAAACAUAGCUGCAGGUCUUUGGUCCCAGGGCUGUGCCUUAACUUUAACCAAUAUUUUCUUCUGUUUUGCUGCAUUUGAAAGGAAGGUAAUGGUGGGGCUAGGGCUGGGCAUUUUAUAUCCAGGCUUUCAAUUGAUUGGAUUUCUGGCAAUGGCUGGAUUUUAUAAAACCACAGACAACUCUGGAAGAUUCUGCGACCUUUUUGAGAUAUAAGCUCUUAAGUACGUCUUGCCAUGGAGCAGCCCUGCAUGUGUGAUGCUUGUUUGCCAUCAGUUUAUCAGGAGCAACUUCAGCUACUCACAUCUGAUUUUUUAAUUUGUUCAGCUCCCAAACUCUACUGGGGAAAUAUAUUCAUGUCCAGUGAUUUAAAAAUGUCCUUUUAAAAAAAAGUCUUUUGGGCUUCUAGAGCCUUCUGGACAUGUGAAGUGAAUAUUACUGUACAAAAAAUGUCAUCUUUUUAACUCUAGAAUUUUUCUUCCACUAAGAUAAACCAAAUUUUCAUAUUGGUUUAUCUUAGUGAAUAAAAUACACACACACACACACACACACACACACACACACAUAAACCCAUCUAUUUAAACUCCAAGUUAUGUAUGAUGCCGAUUCACAUAACAUAAUGCAUUCACCAUCUUUUAGAAUUUGUUUCUUCAAAACUUGUAUCACUGUAGAAUUUUUAAAUUGAACCUUUCACAAUGGCCAGCCCCUGAAAGCAUGAGAAAUUCCUAGUGGAUAAUGUGGAACCCUACUCCCACUGCUGCCCAGCCCUUGGAACGUAUGACUUAGUGAAAGGAAAGAUGAUUUUUCUAGGAAAAAUGAGCCUCCUAUUAUUUUAUUUUAUGUUUUUGACACAAACUGUAGAUUUUAGCAGCCCUGGUCCAAAGGAAUUUGAUUACUUUUGUUUUAAACCAUACAAAGGGGACACUAUAAUUAUAAAAUAACAUCCUUACUGAUUUUAGUUGUUUUUAAUUUUCUUUCUUUGGAUAUGUUUUCAAGAGUGGUAAAUUGUGUGUGAGCAUUACAAAUGAUGAUUCUUUUAGUGGUUUCUUAGCCUCUCUUACAGCCCAUGGGGAUAGUACUGUACAUCAAUACCUUCAUAUGAAAUUUUUAUAUGCAAUGAAAAUAAAAGCAUGGGUUGAUUCUGCCUA